UGUGCCAAUUGUUUAUAUUUUUCAGGUUAUGAUUUGCCAUGGGAAGAAAAAGAUAAAGUUUAUCCCGGUAACUUAGCAUCGCCGUUAGAAAUAAUAAUCGAAGCCAGCAACGGUGCUUCUAAUUAUGGAAACAAAUUUGGAGAGCCUGUAAUAUCUGGUUUCGUACGUUCUUAUGGAGCGACGGAUGAUGCAGGGGUUAGGCGAGAAUGGAUCAAGCCUAUAAUGUUCAGUGGGGGAUUAGGAACUAUAGAUGCAAAUCUAGCUAAGAAGAUUCCGGCAAAGCGAGGUAUGAAAGUAGUUAAGAUUGGUGGACCUGUUUAUCGAAUUGGUGUAGGUGGUGGUUCAGCGAGUUCUAUGGAAGUGCAAGGUGACAAUAGCAUGGAACUGGACUUCGGCGCUGUGCAACGCGGCGAUCCCGAAAUGGAGCAAAAAUUGAAUCGCGUUGUGCGCGCGUGUGCAGAGAUGGGUGAUGAUAAUCCGAUUCUUAGCAUUCAUGAUCAAGGUGCUGGUGGCAACGGAAAUGUCUUGAAGGAGUUAGUUGAGCCUGCCGGUGCUGUUAUCUUCACGAGAAAUUUUGACCUUGGUGAUCCCAGUAUCAGCACGUUGGAGCUUUGGGGUGCGGAGUACCAAGAGAGCGACGCAAUUUUAUGUAAGCCGGAGGACAGUGAUUUGUUGAAGAAAAUCGCUGCGCGUGAAAAGUGUCCAAUCAAUUUUGUCGGCACUGUUACGGGAAAUGGAAAAAUUAUUGUUUCUGAGGAAGAGAAUUGCGAUAUUUCAAAAUAUCUAAAUAACGAAGACAAAAACCUAGAUAGCAGUAAGCAUCCAGUAAACCUAGAGUUGGAGGUCAUUCUUGGAAAAAUGCCUUGCAAGGUUUUUAAUUUACGUGAGAUGCCGUUGCAGAGAUUUCCAAUGAAACUGCCUAAUGGAUUAACUGUGCUUAGCGCGUUGGAUAGAGUUUUACGGCUUCCUUCAAUAGCUAGCAAGCGGUAUCUAACGAAUAAAGUAGAUCGUUGCGUGACUGGCUUAGUGGCUCAGCAGCAAUGUGUUGGUCCAUUGCAUACUCCUCUAGCAGAUGUUGCUGUGACAGCCAUUUCGCAUUUUUCUACGAAGGGCAUCGCAACUUCCAUUGGCGAACAGCCGAUUAAAGGAUUAGUGAACGAAGCAGCUGGUGCUCGAAUGACAGUAGCCGAAGCUCUUAGCAAUUUAGUAUUCGCGCGAGUUUCCGCAUUACAAGAUGUCAAGUGUAGUGGCAAUUGGAUGUGGCCAGCAAAGCUUCCGGGUGAAGGUGCAGCACUCUACAAGGCUUGUUCAGCGAUGUGUUCACUGAUGAAGGAAUUUGGGAUCGCAAUCGAUGGCGGUAAAGAUUCGCUCAGCAUGGCCGUACGUACCGAUAAGGAUAUUGUCAAGGCACCCGGUGCUCUCGUCAUAUCUUGCUACGCACCGUGUCCCGAUAUUCGUCAGGUAGUCACUCCCGAUCUUAAAGCUCCCGCUAUAGGACAACAAGGUUGCUUGCUCUUCAUUGAUUUGUCUUAUGGCAAGAGCCGGCUUGGAGGAACUGCCUUGUCUCAGGUCUAUUAUCAAUUAGGCAAUGAUGUGCCGGACGUCGAAGAUGCACAGGCUUUCAAAAAUGCCUUUAAUGCUACGCAACAACUAAUCGCCGAUAAGAAGGUCUUCGCUGGUCACGACAUUAGUGAUGGUGGAUUGAUUACUUGUCUUCUAGAAAUGUGCUUCGCUGGAAUCUCAGGAAUAAACGUUGAUAUAAUUCAUAAACCUGCACCUGUCAUUGACGUUUUAUUUUCCGAAGAGGUUGGUUGGAUAUUGGAAAUCGAUGAAAAAUUUCAAAAUGAAGCGAUAAAAAUGUUCCAAUGCUACGGAGUUCCAGUGUAUUCAAUCGGAAAGUCCGUGGGUCUUGGAAUGAACUCGAAGAUAGUCGUUAAAGUUCGAAAUGAGAUUGUAUUGAGCACUACAGUGAUUGAUUCGAUGAACAUUUGGGAAGAAACUAGUUAUCAACUAGAACGCUAUCAAACAAACAUUAUUUGUGCCUUGGAAGAGUUUUCCAGUCUGAGGGAACGAACUAUUCCAGCUUAUUGUCUGGGUUUUGACCCUGUUAGAUCUCAUUCAAUACUAAAGGAUUUGGAGCGUGUCAGAGUAGCCGUCAUAAGAGAGGAAGGAAUUAAUGGAGAUAGAGAGAUGGCAGCUUCUCUGUUGGAAGCCGGCUUUGAUGUCUGGGAUGUUACGAUGCAAGAUCUGCUGAAAAACCGAAUUACGUUGGAUGUCUUUAGGGGUAUUAUCUUCCCUGGAGGCUUCAGCUAUGCUGAUGUUUGUGGUUCUGCCAAGGGAUGGGCAGCCAGUUUCCUUUUCCAUCCAUCUCUACGUGAACAAUUAUCGCGAUUUGUUGCUCGUGAAAAUACUUUCAGUUUGGGCGUUUGCAAUGGUUGCCAGUUGAUGAGUCUAUUAGGCUGGGUAGGUGACGAGAACACUAAAGACAGACCAGGAAUUUGCUUGGAUCAUAAUCUGUCGGAGAGAUUCGAGUGCAGGUGGACCACUGUUCGAAUCAAGAACUCGCCCUCGAUCAUGUUAAAAGGCAUGGAGGAUAGCGUGCUAGGUGUAUGGGUGGCUCAUGGAGAAGGGAGAUUCACUUUUCGUGAAGAAGUUUUGAAAAUUCUUGAACAGAAUAACUGCUUACCAAUCAGGUAUGUUCUCACAUUUUAACAUAUAUUUGUAACA